UUGCGGUGCUGUUGAAUUGAAGCUAGGUGUACAUAAUAAACUGGCAACUGAGUGUAUGCAGCAGUUUGUUUAAUUUUGAGUGCACCUGCACAUACUGUAGGAUUAUUAUUGCUCACUUCUCGUAGUUUUAAAAGUGUAAAAUACAGUAAGCUCUUUGACAUAUCAUCUCCAAGGCAGUUUUGUGUUUUUUAAUCUCGUAUCACUGCUGUCUUCCUUCUUAAUGACGACUUAUCUAAAGUUAAUAAUUAAUUUCCCCUUUUGAUGGCAGAUGGAAUACAAAGGAGAUGUUAUUUAUCGGUUACAGCAAAUUAUUUCAAAUUCAGCUGGUUAUAUGGCCAUUAACAAGUUGCAGUAGGGAAAUUUGGAGCCAUGUUUGAGCUGUGCAGUGGCUGCAGCUCAUUUAAAGGCAGGCAGCCCAGCAGCAGUCUUCAAAACCAUUUGCAUCCAAGAACAGAAACAAAGACAUUUCCUCAUGACUUGAGCUGUGAGACUCGACCCCACAUUAUGACAAUGAGCUUCUUUGGAAAACUGAAGAACCUACACAGUGGACCUCCAGCUCCACCCAGAAGGACAGAUGCUAAUGCAGGAUGGCCAGAAGAUGAGUUUGAUGACGAGGACGGUGACAUGUAUGAAGCGCCUCCCUGCGAGCGUCCGGCUGUGAAAGUCCCACAGAGACAAGUGGUGGAGAACGUAUAUCUGGAGAGGACAUCCAAUCCUGCUGUUCCACAGAGGCUGGCUGCUCCUCCACCCAGAUCAGGCAAAGCCUUGAAACCUCAACAACGUGCUGAAGAGUUCUACUAUGAUUGCAGCAUCAAGAAACCACCCGAGAUAGACAGAAAUGAGAAGCCUGGGAGAAAGAUGAUGCCUCCUCCACCGGUCCGCUCUGCUCCUGCUGUUCCAGUCCCUGCACCCAACACUGAGGAAGAUGUGUAUCUGGAUCCAAAUGAAGAACAGGAAGAUAAUGAUGACCUGUAUUUAGAGCCUACAGCUGCUUGCUCUCCUCCCCCCCGUGCACCAAUGAGGAUGCCUCCAUCUCCCAAGACAUCAUUUGUACCUUCUCCCAUACCCAUGAUGAAACCUCCGGUUCCCAGAGCUAAGUCUAACUCACUCUUGCCUUCCUUGAAUGAGGUAAAAACAGUUGAAGCAAGACGUGCCACAUUUCCUAACAAACUCCCUCCACCAACUCUCAGUGUUAAGCCCCCUCUGCCAGCUAACCUGAAGGAAGCUAAACCCAGCCCUCCAAAUCCUCCUAUGGCAGACACUAAACCCAUGGCCUCCUCUGGUGGUAUGAGGGCAACCAAACAAUCUGGGAAUGAGGACAAAGAAUGGUUUGCUGGAGAUUGCAACAGAAAGACAGCUGAGGACCUCUUACUGAGGGUCAACAAGGACGGCGCCUUUCUCAUCCGACACAGCUCAGCCCAGAGCGCCCGCCAGCCAUACACCCUCGCUGUGCUCUACCAGCAGAAGGUGUACAACAUUCCCAUCCGCUUCCUGGAGGAGACACAAGGUUACGCCCUUGGAAAAGAGGGCAAGAAGAACGAAGAGAUUUUCGGCACCCUCGACGAGAUGAUUUCCCACCACAAGAAUAACCAGCUGCUUCUGAUAGACAGCAAGAGCCAGGCCAAGCACACAGCGUAUUUAACCCACCCUGCACGCCCUUAAAACUACACUACUAGGAGCUGUAUUCAUAUGAGUUAUAUGAGGAUAAUUGCACAGUUUGAAUGUUUCCCACUUGGAAAUACUGCAGGUCUACUGUGUGUCGGAAAAGUGUAAUUACAUCUCUAUGAAGUAGUUAUACAGCUGAAGUACUAUUUUCUUUAUGUUGUUUAUAGAUUGAAAUAGACAAUGCAAAUUUUGAAUGCACUGAAAACUUAGCAGAGAUGUAAAUAUCACAAACAGUUGCUCCAAGACAGUCAGCUGCCACAUGACAUGAGAACAGCUUUAACCAAAAACUUAAAGCUCAAAGAACAUAAAGAUCUACAGUGUGACAAAAAGUGGUUUUCCUGUUUUGUGCCAUGUCAUCGUUUUAGCAAUAAUUGCACAAGGUUAACUGUUUUUUAGUGAAAAGGAAAAUGUGUCACUGUAUUACUGUCAUUCAGUCUGGAUGUUUCUGCCUUUGUAUGAAGAAAUGAUCUUGCUGUCAGAUCACUGUAUUUCACUGACUUUUCAACAUACAAACUGUAUAUUUCUGCUGUUAUAAGAUAUCAAAACACAUCACAAGAGCCUCCUGAUUUGCAGCAAAAAUCUUCGUCAUCACUUUGCGCCUCCUGCUCAUUUCCAUUAUUAUGGUCAUGUGUGAUGAACAGCUGAGUUAAAUGUCUCCAUGAAUCAGCCAUUUUCAUUUUAGUCACGAGUACAGAUUUGAGAUUUGAUCAUUUCCCUAGUUUAGUUUAGUUUGAUGACUUUGAUUUUGAUUAUACUGUAUGUUACAGGUGUCUUUUUGGUGUGAUAUUGCAGAUAUUGUGCAAUACAGGCUCAACGUCAAAAUGCAUCUGCUUUACAUUGUUUUUAUUUUAUUUCUUUUGCCACAGUUUUCCUGUAUUUACUGUUGUUGACCAGUAACCAUCGGUUAACCUGGACCAAGGUCUUUAUUUGGGGUUUCUGUGGUGCGUGUGGUUCAUUUAGAGGAUUAAGUUCAUUACAAAAGGUCGAUGCUUGAUUAAGUCUUUUGAGUAAACUCAAACCUCCACUGUU